AUGGCGGCACGAAAACUACAACAAGAAGUCGACAAGUGCUUCAAGAAGGUGGCCGAGGGCGUGGCCGAGUUUGAAGCCAUCUACGACAAGAUUGAGCAGUCAAGUAAUCCUGCACAAAAGGAGAAGCUUGAAGACAACCUCAAGCGAGAGAUCAAGAAGCUGCAGCGUUUGCGAGACCAGAUCAAAACAUGGGCAGCGAGCAACGAUAUCAAGGACAAAGCUCCUUUAUUAGAGCACCGGAAGCUCAUCGAGACCCAAAUGGAAAAAUUCAAAGCGGUCGAAAAAGCCAUGAAGACGAAGGCAUACUCGAAAGAAGGCUUAUCAGCGGCAGCCAAACUGGAUCCCAAAGAGCAAGCAAAGGUGGAGGCUGGUGAAUUCUUGAGUAGCAUGGUUGACGAUCUGGAACAACAAAUCGAGUCACUAGAAGCUGAAAGCGAGUCGAUACAAGCUACGAUGAAGAAGGGCAAGAGUCAGGCUGCCAAGGCGGAACGCAUGGCCGAGAUCGAUCGAGUAAUAGAACGGCAUAAAUGGCACCAAGGGAAGCUGGAGCUCAUCCGAAGAUCCCUGGAGAACGGUGCUGUCGAUACGGAGCAAGUCAACGAGAUGGAGGAGAACAUCCGGUACUAUGUCUCUGAUAAUAUGAACGAUGACUUCAUGGAAGACGAGGGUAUCUACGACGAGCUGGAUCUGGAGGAUGAGGAAGGAACCUAUGGCAUGGCCCAGGACAACGAGAAGGGCUCGUCUCAAGAUACGCAAUCGAUACAAGACGACAUUACCCCCGAACCCGAACAACCGUCAAAAUCUUUGAGGAAAGUACAAAAGGACGUCGAUACCGUAGGACGGAAAGCCUCUUCUCAAACCAAAUCCCCAUUGCCAGCGCUUGCUACGCUACACACUCCGUUAGCUUCGGCAAGCAAUGGUAGUGUAGGAAGCUCGUCAAUGAAGCCGGCUGCUGCGCCGUCAAGACCAGCAGGCGAGGGCCUCAAAUAUGCAUCUGCUGCCGCGGCCGCUGCUGCAAGCGAUAGGGGCAAUGUUGGCAUUGCACCCUUACCACCGCCGCCAGGGUCAAGCGUGGGAAUAUCACCUCUGCCACCAGUUCAGUCAAGGUCCAGCGCAACAAACUCCCCGGCUAUUGCUCCAGCCCAGCCAACAACAAGCUUGGAAUCGAGGGCUCCAGCACCACCUGCCGAGCCGGAAAUCCCCAUUACCACACGAGCAUCCAAGAAGAAGGCCACUGGGAAACAGCCUGCUGGCCUGGAACCUUCAGAAAGCUCAACAGCUCAAACGAAUGGUGCCACCAAUGGUAUCAAGCCGAUCGUCGAGGAACCAGAGGAGGAGUCCAUCUAUCAUCUGCCCUCCUCAUUGCAAGAUCUUGUCGACUCGUACGAGGCAUCGCGAAAACGGCCACUGCACCCAUCGGCUCAAUCUACGUUGAGAUUGAUGACUGCCAGCCAAGCGGCGUUGCCAGAUGUGCUAGAUGCCGACGUUCCUCGUAACUACCGACCUGAUAUGCCUGUUCCUCAGACAGGAUCCGGCUUUCCUCGAGAACCGUUAUCAAUCUUUGACGAUCCUCGUCUGUAUGGAAGAAUAGAUCCGGACACACUGUUUUACGUGUUUUACUAUAAGCAAGGAACCGCGCAGCAGUAUCUGGCUGCCAAGGCACUCAAGGAUCAGAGCUGGCGAUUCCACAAACAAUACCAGACGUGGUUCCAGCGACACGAAGAGCCCAAGAAUAUCACUGAAGAGUUUGAGCAAGGAACUUAUCGCUUCUUUGACUAUGAAAGCACAUGGAUGAACCGCAGAAAGGCAGACUUCAAGUUUGCUUACAAAUUCCUCGAGGACGAGGUGUAA